GACAGGGGAUCCAUGGGGACUAAAAUGGAGAUACCUACCUGGGUAGUGAUUUGGCUGGCAUUGUCCUUGGGAUUGGUGACUUCACACAAAGGGAGUCCCCAGAAGAAUGCUCCGACGGUUAACAUCAUCCCAAAAAUGACCAAGUCAUCUCUGAUUGCAGGAGUGAGACCAGCACACAAUGGGCAAGUCUGCAGCACAUGGGGGACCUACCACUUCAAAACCUUCGAUGGGGACGUCUUCCAGCUCCCGUCCAGCUGUAACUACAUCCUGACUUCACACUGUAAAAGCUCCUAUGAGGACUUCAACAUCCAGCUGAGGCGUGAGAUGGAGGGUGAAGAGCCCACCAUCAGCAAGGUCACCAUGAAGCUGGAUGGGGCAGUGGUGGAACUCACCAAGGACUCGGUCCAGGUCAACGGGGACAACAUCACCCUACCCUUCAGCCAGGCUGGGGUUCUCAUUGAGGCUACAGCGUCAGAUUUGAAGAUCACAGCCAAACUAGGACUGACGGCUAUAUGGAAUAAAGACGACUCUCUUUUGUUGGAGAUGGACAACAAAUACAGAAACCAGACUUGUGGGCUCUGUGGAGACUUCAAUGGUGUUCAGCUCUACGACGAGUUCAUUAUGAAUGGACUCGAACUCCCACCAAAUAAUUUCGGAAGCUUGUGGAAGAUGAAUGAUCCCACUGAAAUGUGUGAAGAACUUACAGAUCCAUCUAAGAAGCACUGCAAGGAUAUGACUCCAGAGUGUGCGAAGCUCCUCUCCAAUCCUGCCUUUAGCAGCUGUAAGGACCUGGUUCCCACUGCCUCCUUCAUCAAGGCCUGUGUGAUGGACAUGUGCCACUGUCCCAAGGACAGCAGCAGCAGCUCCUGCCUGUGCAACACCCUUUCAGAGUACUCGCGCCAGUGCGUGCAUGCAGGGGGGAAGCCCCAGCAAUGGAGGACAGCCCAGUUCUGCCCAAAGUCAUGCCCCUCCAACAUGGAAUACCAGGAGUGUGGAAUCCCCUGUGCUGACACCUGCUCGAACCCAGACAGGGGCCAGCUGUGUGAAGACCACUGCACCGAUGGCUGCUUCUGUCCCCCAGGCACCGUUAUCGAUGACAUCAGUCAUGGGGGAUGUAUCCCAGUUCAUCAGUGUUCCUGCAGCCAUAAUGGAAACACAUACAGACCUGGAGAAUCUUACACAACCAACUGCAAAGAAUGCACCUGUUCUGGGGGCCAGUGGAGCUGUCAGGACCGUGAUUGCCCAAAAACCUGCUCUGUGAAUGGAGGUUCACACAUCACCACCUACGAUGGCAAAGCCUACACCUUCCAUGGAGACUGUUCCUAUGUCCUCACAAAGCCAUGCGACGGGAGCGAUUUCACAGUGCUGGGGGACCUUGUGAAGUGCGGGCUGACCGACACUGAGACCUGCCUCAAAGCCGUCACCCUGGCCAUCUCCGGAGGGACCACCGUAUUCACAGUCGAAUGGAGUGGAAAUGUCUUCAUGAACACAAUGAAGACCCAACUGCCUCUUUCCACAGAUGCUGUGAGCAUCUUCAUGCCAACUUCGUUCUUCCUCAUCGUCGAGACCUCCUUUGGACUUCAGUUGAGGAUUCAACUCACUCCGAUCAUGCAGGUCUACAUCACAGCCAGUUCCGAAAACAAGGGAAGGACUUGUGGACUGUGUGGGAAUUUUAAUGGCAUCCAAGCUGAUGACUUCAGAACCACCUGUGGGCUGGUGCAGGGCACCCCAGUGGCUUUUGCCAACACGUGGAAGACGCGUGCCCAGUGCCCCAAUGUGCACAGCAAUUACGAAAACCCCUGCAGUCUGAGUGUGGAUAACGAGAAAUAUGCAGAGUAUUGGUGCUCAAUGCUGUCCGAUCCAGAGGGACUGUUUGCCCCAUGCCAUGCAGCGAUAAACCCAGACAUUUUCAGAGCUAACUGCAUGUACGACAGCUGUAACUGCGAGAAGAGCGAGGACUGCAUGUGUGCUGCAGCCUCCUCCUACGUCCAGGCCUGUGCUGCUAUGGGCAUCCAGCUGUCUGGCUGGAGAGACGCCAUGUGUGGAAAAUACUCAUCUGAAUGCCCCAGCACCAUGGUCUACUCCUACAGCAUACAGAGCAGCAAUCAGACUUGCCUCUGCUUUAGCAAUCCCGAUAACACCUGCAUGCUGACCUUUGAAGCAGUGGAUGGUUGUACCUGUGCUGACGGAACCUAUAUGAAUGAUGACGGCAAAUGUGUACCUCCUGAAAGCUGCCCCUGCUACACUAAGAGUACUGUCAUACCUCCUGGGGAGGUUGUUAGUAAGGACGGCAUUAUGUGCACAUGCAAGCAAGGGAAACUGAGCUGCAUAGGAGAAAUGGACAGUGUUCCCUCUUGCACUGAACCAAUGGUCUUCUACGAUUGCUCUAAAACUGGACCAGGAGCCAAGGGCUCUGAGUGCCAGCAGAGCUGCCAGACACUGGACAUGGAAUGUAUAAGCACGGAGUGCGUGUCUGGGUGUGUGUGCCCAUCUGGACUGGUGUCUGAUGGGAAGGGAGGCUGUAUAAAGCAGGAACUCUGUCCAUGUGUCCACAAUGGAGAAUCAUACCAACCCGGAGACACAGUCAACGUUGACUGCAAUACCUGUACUUGUAAGGAUAGAAAAUGGCAGUGUACAGAUAACGCGUGCCAUGGCACCUGUGCCAUCUACGGGGACGGCCAUUAUGUGACUUUUGAUGGGAAAAGGUUCACCUUCAAUGGAGACUGUGAAUACACACUUACUCAGGACUACUGCAGCAACAAUGUAAAUGGCACCUUCCGGGUCAUCACUGAGAAUAUCCCAUGUGGCACCACCGGUACCACCUGCUCUAAAGCUAUCAAGCUCUUCCUUGGGAGCAAUGAGCUCAUACUGACAGACGGAAGCUAUGAAGUUAUCCAAAGAGAUACAGGCGAAGAGGUGCACUAUCGGAUCAGUGUGAUGGGAAUUUAUCUGGUUAUUGAAGCCGAUAAUGGCCUGAUUCUUAUGUGGGACAAGAAGACAAGCAUGUUCAUCAAACUUAGCCCUACAUUUAAGGACCAGGUCUGUGGUGUAUGUGGUAAUUAUGAUGGUAACGAAAACAAUGACUUCACCACUAGAAGCAACGCAGUGGUUGUUGAUCCUCUGGAGUUUGGAAACAGCUGGAAAGUCUCUCCAAGUUGCCCUAAUUCAGAUUUUACCAAAGAUCCCUGCGCAUCCAAUCCAUAUAGGCAGUCUUGGGCCCAGAAACAGUGCAGCCUCCUGAAAAGCACAGUAUUCACAGCCUGUCACUCUCAGGUGGAUCCUACUCCAUACUUCGAUGCCUGUGUAAGAGACUCAUGUGCUUGUGAUACGGGAGGAGAUUGUGAGUGUUUCUGCACUGCUGUGGCUUCAUACGCAGAGGUUUGCAAUGAGGCUGGUGUCUGCGUAGCGUGGAGGAGUCCACAAAUCUGCCCUCUAUUUUGUGAUUUCUACAACCCACCUGGAGAGUGUGAGUGGCACUACCAGCCAUGUGGAGCUCCUUGUAUGAAGACAUGCAGAAACCCCUCAGGGUCGUGCUCCAGUCUGAUCCCUGCCCUUGAAGGUUGCUAUCCCAAAUGCCCACCUGCCCAGCCAUAUUUUGAUGAAGAUUCAAUGAAGUGUGUGGAUAAGGAACAGUGUGGCUGCUACGAUAAAGAUGGAAGACACUACAACAAUGGAGAAACCGUUCCUUCCACAGUCAACUGUCAGAAAUGUACAUGUUCAUCACCAAGUAUAAAUUGCCACUAUGACGUACACGCAUGCACCUGUGUUUACAUGGGGAACAUCUAUGUUUAUGGUGCCACCAUUUACAACACGACGGACGGGGAUGGGAGCUGCAUCACGGCAGUAUGCGGAGCAGAUGGGACCAUUGACAGGGAUAUGUAUCCCUGUACGACCACAACCCAAGGCAGCCCCACAACACAGGCACCCACGACAACCACACCAACAACAGUGUUUACUUUCUCUACACCUGUUGAAACCACAACAUCUCAGACUGCAUCAACAUCUACUGAAGGUCCCAAAACAACCACUUCUCACACCACCUUAAUUGUUGAAACAACUGGUUCCACUUCUGAGACGACAUCACCCCCUUUGAUUUCCACAGGAAGUACACCCACAGUUACCCCAGUUGUCUCAACCUCGAUACCUUCUACCACAACUGAAACAACACCAGUACCCCCCACGCCAACAGACGCUACAUCCCCGACAGUGGAAACAACAUCAGUUUCCACUGUCGAAAUGACCACAACAACGAAAAUGGUGACAAGUCCUCCAUCAACUCCAGAAGAAACUACUUUCUUGACCACUGAAAUAGUGGAGACUACCACUUCAACAAUGACUUCUUCAGCGCCAUAUAUUAGCACUACACCAUAUGACUGUAAUAAUGUUUGUGAGUGGUCUAGCUGGAUUGAUGUCAGUUAUCCUGAAUCGGGUGAGGAUGGAGAAGAUGAUGAGUCAUUUGGGAACAUUGUCAAACAUGGAGUAAAGAUUUGUGAAAAUGUCAAUGACGUGGAAUGCAGAGCAACAGGUUAUGAAGAUGUUCCUCUUUCAGAAUUAGGUCAAGUUGUAGAUUGUAAUCCACUGAAUGGACUUGUUUGCAAAAACAAAGAUCAGAGUCCACCACACUGCUUCAAUUAUGAGAUCAGAAUCAGAUGCUGUGAAAAUAAGUGUGCUACAACUGGCACUGCUGCCACAACAUCUCAGACUGCAUCAACAUCUACUGAAGGUCCCAAAACAACCACUUCUCACACCACCUUGAUUGUUGAAACAACUGGUUCCACUUCUGAGACGACAUCACCCCCUUUGAUUUCCACAGGAAGUACACCCACAGUUACCCCAGUUGUCUCAACCUCGAUACCUUCUACCACAACUGAAACAACACCAGUACCCCCCAAUCCAACAGAGGCUACAUCCCCGACAGUGGAAACAACAUCAGUUUCCACUGUUACACAGAGCACAACAACCGAAAUGGUGACAAGUCCUCCAUCAACUCCAGAAGAAACUACUUUCUUGACCACUGAAAUAGUGGAGACUACCACUUCAACAAUGACUUCUUCAGCGCCAUAUAUUAGCACUACACCAUAUGACUGUAAUAAUGUUUGUGAGUGGUCUAGCUGGAUUGAUGUCAGUUAUCCUGAAUCGGGUGAGGAUGGAGAAGAUGAUGAGUCAUUUGGGAACAUUGUCAAACAUGGAGUAAAGAUUUGUGAAAAUGUCAAUGACGUGGAAUGCAGAGCAACAGGUUAUGAAGAUGUUCCUCUUUCAGAAUUAGGUCAAGUUGUAGAUUGUAAUCCACUGAAUGGACUUGUUUGCAAAAACAAAGAUCAGAGUCCACCACACUGCUUCAAUUAUGAGAUCAGAAUCAGAUGCUGUGAAAAUAAGUGUGCUACAACUGGCACUGCUGCCACAACAUCUCAGACUGCAUCAACAUCUACUGAAGGUCCCAAAACAACCACUUCUCACACCACCUUGAUUGUUGAAACAACUGGUUCCACUUCUGAGACGACAUCACCCCCUUUGAUUUCCACAGGAAGUACACCCACAGUUACCCCAGUUGUCUCAACCUCGAUACCUUCUACCACAACUGAAACAACACCAGUACCCCCCACUCCAACAGAGGCUACAUCCCCGACAGUGGAAACAACAUCAGUUUCCACUGUUACACAGAGCACAACAACGGAAAUGGUGACAAGUCCUCCAUCAACUCCAGAAGAAACUACUUUCUUGACCACUGAAAUAGUGGAGACUACCACUUCAACAAUGACUUCUUCAGCGCCAUAUAUUAGCACUACACCAUAUGACUGUAAUAAUGUUUGUGAGUGGUCUAGCUGGAUUGAUGUCAGUUAUCCUGAAUCGGGUGAGGAUGGAGAAGAUGAUGAGUCAUUUGGGAACAUUGUCAAACAUGGAGUAAAGAUUUGUGAAAAUGUCAAUGACGUGGAAUGCAGAGCAACAGGUUAUGAAGAUGUUCCUCUUUCAGAAUUAGGUCAAGUUGUAGAUUGUAAUCCACUGAAUGGACUUGUUUGCAAAAACAAAGAUCAGAGUCCACCACACUGCUUCAAUUAUGAGAUCAGAAUCAGAUGCUGUGAAAAUAAGUGUGCUACAACUGGCACUGCUGCCACAACAUCUCAGACUGCAUCAACAUCUACUGAAGGUCCCAAAACAACCACUUCUCACACCACCUUGAUUGUUGAAACAACUGGUUCCACUUCUGAGACGACAUCACCCCCUUUGAUUUCCACAGGAAGUACACCCACAGUUACCCCAGUUGUCUCAACCUCGAUACCUUCUACCACAACUGAAACAACACCAGUACCCCCCAAUCCAACAGAGGCUACAUCCCCGACAGUGGAAACAACAUCAGUUUCCACUGUUACACAGAGCACAACAACCGAAAUGGUGACAAGAAGUACACCCACAGUUACCCCAGUUGUCUCAACCUCGAUACCUUCUACCACAACUGAAACAACACCAGUACCCCCCAAUCCAACAGAGGCUACAUCCCCAACAGUGGAAACAACAUCAGUUUCCACUGUUACACAGAGCACAACAACCAAAAUGGUGACAAGUCCUCCAUCAACUCCAGAAGAAACUACUUUCUUGACCACUGAAAUAGUGGAGACUACCACUUCAACAAUGACUUCUUCAGCGCCAUAUAUUAGCACUACACCAUAUGACUGUAAUAAUGUUUGUGAGUGGUCUAGCUGGAUUGAUGUCAGUUAUCCUGAAUCGGGUGAGGAUGGAGAAGAUGAUGAGUCAUUUGGGAACAUUGUCAAACAUGGAGUAAAGAUUUGUGAAAAUGUCAAUGACGUGGAAUGCAGAGCAACAGGUUAUGAAGAUGUUCCUCUUUCAGAAUUAGGUCAAGUUGUAGAUUGUAAUCCACUGAAUGGACUUGUUUGCAAAAACAAAGAUCAGAGUCCACCACACUGCUUCAAUUAUGAGAUCAGAAUCAGAUGCUGUGAAAAUAAGUGUGCUACAACUGGCACUGUUGCCACAACAUCUCAGACUGCAUCAACAUCUACUGAAGGUCCCAAAACAACCACUUCUCACACCACCUUAAUUGUGGAAACAACCACUUCCAUUUCUGAGACCACAUCACCCCCUUUGAUUUCCACAGGAAGUACACCCACAGUUACCCCAGUUGUCUCAACCUCGAUACCUUCUACCACAACUGAAACAACACCAGUACCCCCCACUCCAACAGAGGCUACAUCCCCGACAGUAGAAACAACAUCAGUUUCCACUGUCGAAAUGACCACAACAACGAAAAUGGUGACAAGUCCUCUAUCAACUCCUGAAGAAACUACUUCUCCAACUAAAAUUGUGGAGACCACCACAUCAACAACUUCAUCGGUGUCAUCUACUGCUACAAGUGUAAUUGUUGAAACAACUGGUUCCACUUCUGAGACCACACCAUCCCCUUUGAUUUCUACAGGAAGUACUCCUACAUUUACUCUAACUGUCUCAACCACUAUACCUUCCACCACGACUGAAACAACAUCCGUUUCCCCUACUCCAACUGAGACUACGUCGCCGAUAGUAGAAACAACAUCAUUUUCCACUGUGGUAGAGACCACAAUAACAGGAAAGACAAGUCCAACAUCAACAAAAGAAACGACUUCUUCUACCAUUAGUAGAACUUCAUCAAAACCACCUAUUACUCCAAUGACCCAUGAGCCCAUUCAAACCUCAUCUCCUAUUACUGCCCCUCAAGAAAAAACUACUGCUAAAGUGAAAACUACAUCUGGUGGUUUGAAGACAACUGCUUGUUUUUGCCAGUAUAAUAAGAUCAAUUUCGGCCCAGGUUUACUAAUAUACAACGAGACUGAUGGUGCUGGAUGGUGUUUCACUGCUGUCUGCGAUACGGACUGUCACGUACAAAAACAGACGAUGCCUUGUCACACCAGUACACCAGCACCUGUUCCUACACCUACUGUAGUUAAAUUGACAAGACUGUCGGAGCAUACUACCACAACCCAUGUCUCUCCACACACGUCCUCGACUACUAGAUCCACAAAAAGUACUAGCAGACCAACCACAAAAUUUAAUCCAGACUGUACCAACCUUCAUCCCCCAAGAAAGAAUGGAGAAUCUUGGAACGCUGGAAAUUGCACCAUACAAACAUGCAUUAAUGGUAAAACAACCUCAAAGCCUGUCCAGUGUCCAGCUGCAGUUCAGCCUGUGUGUGUAAACAGCUAUCCUCCAGUUAAGGUCUAUGAUGACUCGGGAUGCUGCUUCCAGUAUCAGUGCCAAUGCGAAUGCUACGGAUGGGGAGACCCUCACUAUCUGACAUUCGAUGGAACGUACUACGCUUUCCAAGAAAACUGCACAUAUGUCUUAGUUCAGGAGAUCAUCCCAAAACACGACUUCCGUGUCAUCAUUGAUAACUACUAUUGCAAUGCUCAUGAUGGUCUCUCCUGCCCUCAUUCACUGACUGUGUAUUACAAGUCUUAUAAAGUCACUCUUACAGCAAAAAGAACUCCUGAAACAACAAAGGUUGAGGUGGAUAUCAACAAUAAGAUAGUUUUCCCACCUUUCUCAAAUGGUGACAUCAUCAUUACAAACACUGGAAUCCAGAUGUCUGUUGCGGUGCCUGCAAUCCAGGCUCAGGUCAUGUUUGGUGGCAUGCUAUUUGGCGUGAAAUUAGCAUACUCCAACUUCUUUGGUAACACGGAGGGACAUUGUGGACUGUGUGACAACAACAGGGCCAAUGACUGCCGACUUCCAAAUGGCCAGAUCCACCCGUCAUGCUCAUAUAUGGCGUCCCAGUGGUAUUAUGCUGACAAAAACAAACCCUACUGCGAGCCUCCGCCUCCACCUACUACAACCAAACAACCUACAAGUAAAACCAGCCUUAGUCGCACAACUGCACCCGUGAGCUCUACAACUGCCUGCAAACCAGAAAUCUGUGCAUUUCUACAUAAUGACGUUUUUGAAGAGUGCCACAAAGCAUUCCCAGUGGACGCUGUUUACGAGGCCUGCAAAUUCGACGUCUGUCACAUGCCUGAGCCCGAGAUUGGCUGCAACAGCCUGGAGAUGUACGCAUCCAUAUGUGCCAGUGCCGGGAUCUGCAUUGACUGGAGGAAGAUCACCAACGGCCAGUGUGAAUACAACUGCCCAGACACAAAGGUUUACCAGCCAUGCGGUCCUGUUAUACAGGCCACAUGUAACACAAAGUACAACAAGAAGUAUCAGAAUAUUCUGGAUAACCAGCCGGGUAGCAGCAACGUGACCAAAGAGGGGUGCUUCUGUCCCGUGGGGACGGUCUUAUUCACCUCUUUCUCCGACACCUGCGUCAGUUCAUGCGGCUGCACGGGACCCGACGGCAUGCCCAGGAUGCCGGGAGAGACUUGGCAGAGUGGCUGCCUGGAGUGCGAGUGUGACGGGGACUCGAUGAGCGUGCAGUGCCGCUCCCCCGAGUGCCCGCCCCCGGCCGACAUCACCUGCGAGAAGGAGGGCCAGGUGGUGGUGAACGACACGCAGGACUGCUGCCUGCAGAAGAUAUGCGAAUGUGACCUGAAGCUUUGCCAGGCAGCAAAUCAGACCUGCCCGUUGGGAUUCCACGCACAGGUGACCAUCGCAGAUGAUAGCUGUUGCCCUAGCUACACCUGCGAACCCACAGACGUCUGCAUCUACAAUGGCAUACCAUACCAGAUCGGUGACCAAAUCCCCACGGACACAUGUGAGGUCUGCAGCUGUAGCUCCACCGUGGAUCCCGAGACUCGGCUGAAUGCUGUGGAAUGUGUUGCCAUCGAGUGUGAUGCUUUCUGCCAGGAGGGCUUUGAGUACCAAGACGUGGCCGGGCAGUGCUGCGGGACGUGCGUGCAGACGAGCUGCAUCGUGUCGCUGGAUGAUGGCACCACAUAUACCAUUCAGGUUAAUCAGACUUGGUCCCCACCAAAUGACAAGUGUGUGAAGUACAACUGUGAAAAAAUUGAUGACCAGCUAGUAGUGGUGGGGGAGAGAACCAUCUGUCCUCCAUUUUACCCAGAAACCUGUGAGGCAGGCAGCGAGAAAACCGACAGCACCGGCUGCUGCAAGACCUGCACUCCAAGCAAAAACUGCCUUGUGCAGAAGAACAGCACCUACGUGGUCUAUGACGGAUGCCAGUCCACCGUUCCAGUGGAGAUGACUUCCUGUAUUGGUUCCUGUGUGACCAGCUCCAUAUACUCCGCAGAGGCGAACUCCAUGACACACUCGUGCUCUUGCUGUCGGGAGUUGGAGACCAGCAAGCGGCAGGUGGAGAUGCAGUGCCCCGACGGCAGCAAGGUCACACAUUCCUACGUCUACGUCGAGGCGUGUGGAUGUUACAUCGAGGAGUGUGACAAGGGCAUGCUGAGACAACGGCGAAGGCGGCGAUAAGCGAGGGACAGCAUCAUGCCCUCAGUAGGGUCUGUCACUCCUGGCUCGGAACAUACUACGUUAUAAAAGUGAAGAGUGUUUUAUUUGUUUCAGCAAAUCUUAUAUUUUUGGCCCGUUAUUGUUCCUUUCUCUUCUAUACUCUUAUUCUAUGUAUUGAUAUAACUAACCUUUAUGUAAUUUUAAUUUAAACUUGGUAAUUAAUCACUUAUUAUUGUGAAAUCAUUAUGCUUACGUACAGCUGUAAUUAUCCUGUUUAUAUUUCUCCUGAGAAUUAUUACAGAAUCACUAUAAUCUUACUGUUGAUCAUUUCAGUUUUCUCUAUUCUGCCAUGUAACCAUCAAUAAAAAUGUAACACUUUGCAGCUUA